CUUCAAAAGAGGGCAGAGCCUGGGCAGGGCCAGGAGGAGCUGGCCACCCAAGUUUCCUCUGAGUCACUCUGCCCUCCCUCUGGACUGGCCACAUCUAGAGGACCCCCCACAGAGACCCCAACCCCUUCAGGCUGAUCCAAGGCGGUGGUUGGCAGAGUCAGGGACCCAAGGCUCCAGCCAGGCAUCUCACCUUCUGCACUGAAGCAGGGAAGAGGGAGCCGUGAGCCCUCAGACCAACCCUCUUCACUUCGACAGGAUGAGACUGUCAGGUCUGCUUCGCUACCUGGCCCUUAUUUUUGCCGUGGUUACCACAUGGCUCUUCAUCCGCGAAUAUAUCAACUUCAACAUGAAAACCCUCCGCCUGCCCCGCUGGAUGGGUUCAGCCCACAAGAACUCUUCACAGUUGGUGAAGAACAAGUGUGGCCUCAGCAAAUCCUGCCCAGACAACUUCUUUGCGUUUAAAAUCGUCAGUGGGGCCGCCAACGUCGUGGGCCCCACCAUGUGCUUUGAGGACCAAACGAUCAUGAGUCCUGUGAAAAACAACGUGGGCAGAGGCCUGAACAUCGUCCUGGUGGACGGAACCACGGGAGCGGUGCUGACACAGAAAUCUUUUGACAUGUACUCUGGAGAUGCUAGCCUCCUGACAAAAUUCCUUAAAAAAAUUUCUGAGGAUAUGCUGGUGCUGGUGGCCUCUUACGAUGACCCAGGGACCAAGAUGAAUGAUGAAAUCAGGAAGCUCUUCUCCAACUUGGGCAGCACCCACGCGAAGCAGCUGGGUUUCCGGGACAGCUGGGUGUUCUUAGGGGCCCAAAACCUCAGGAGUAAAAGCCCCUUUGAGCAGUUCUUAAAGAACAACCCAGAAACGAACAAAUAUGACGGCUGGCCAGAGCUGCUGGAGCUGGAGGGCUGUGUGCCCCGGAAGGUAUAGGGUGGCUGUGGCCCUUCCUGGGCUGGGCCCUGAGGCUGCUCCUGCCUGAC